GCAAAUGGGAAGCACACGCCACGGUGGAAAAGCGAAUACUCUCUAGGUUACUUCCAAUUAUACCAUGGCUUCCAGGUCGAUUCCGUGUUUGUGGAUUACAUUUUGCCUUCAUUUAUUUUGUUACAUGGACACUGGAAAAGCACAGAAUGCGAAAGAAGUGAUUCUGUUGGAUUCCAAGGCGCAGCAGACAGAGCUGGAGUGGAUUUCGUAUCCUCCGAGUGGGUGGGAGGAAAUCAGUGGGUUGGAUGAGAACUACACUCCAAUACGCACAUACCAAGUGUGUCAGGUCAUGGAGCCCAAUCAGAAUAACUGGCUUCGGACUAACUGGAUUGAGAAGGGCGAUGCCCAAAGGAUUUUUGUGGAACUGAAGUUCACCUUGAGGGAUUGUAACAGCCUACCUGGUGUGGUUGGGACUUGCAAGGAAACGUUCAACUUGUACUACCAGGAAACUGAUUCGGAAGUUGGCAGGAAUAUACGAGAGAGCCAAUACGUGAAAAUUGACACAAUUGCUGCAGAUGAAAGCUUCACUCAAGGAGACCUGGGGGAAAGGAAGAUGAAGCUGAAUACUGAAGUGCGCAUAAUUGGUCCCCUGUCCAGACAAGGUUUCUACCUAGCCUUCCAGGACGUCGGGGCGUGCAUUGCUCUGGUCUCUGUCAAAGUUUAUUACAAGAAGUGCUGGUCCAUCAUUGAGAACCUGGCCACGUUCCCAGACACGGUGACUGGGUCCGAGUUCUCUUCCCUGGUCGAGGUCGAGGGCACGUGUGUAAGUGAUGCCGAGGAGGAGGCCGAAAAUUCUCCCAAGAUGCACUGCAGUGCUGAGGGAGAAUGGCUGGUGCCCAUUGGGAAAUGUAUAUGCAAAGCAGGAUUUCAUCAGAAGGGCGAUGCAUGUGAACCCUGUGGCCGCGGGUUCUACAAGUCGUCAUCCCAGGACCUGCAGUGCUCCCGUUGCCCUGCACACAGCUUUAACGACCGGGAGGGCUCCGGGCGCUGCGACUGUGAGGACGGUUACUACCGGGCUCCCAUCGACCCGCCGUCUGUAGCCUGUACCCGACCUCCCUCUGCGCCACAGAACCUGGUCUACAACAUCAACCAGACCACCGUCAGCCUGGAGUGGAGCCCACCAGCCGACACCGGGGGCCGUAACGACGUCACCUACAGGAUUAUGUGCCGGCGGUGCAGCUGGGAUCCGGAGGAGUGUGUCCCGUGCGGAGGCCACGUGGGGUACUCGCCCCAGCAGGCAGGAUUAGUGGACACCUAUGUGACGGUGAUGGACCUCCUGGCACACGCCAACUACACCUUUGAGGUGGAGGCGGUCAACGGCGUCUCGGACCUCAGCCGUACGCAGCGUCUCUUCGCUGCGGUCAGCAUCGCCACCAGUCAAGCAGCUCCGUCCCAAGUCAGCGAAGUCAUCAAGGAGCGCGUGCAGCAGCGGAGCAUCCAGCUGUCCUGGCAGAAGCCGGAACAGCCCAACGGCGUCAUCACCGAAUACGAGAUCAAGUACUAUGAGAAAGAACAGAAGGACCGGAUCUACUCGACGGUGAAGUCCAAGUCGACAUCGGCCACGGUGAACAACCUGAAGCCCAGCACGUCCUACGUGUUCCAGAUCAGGGCCUUCACCGCAGCAGGCUACGGGACCUACGGCCCCCGGCUGGAGAUCACCACCAAGGAGGAGGCCACAGCCGCGACGGUCUCCAGCGAGCAGAACCCCGUCAUCAUCAUUGCGGUGGUGGCCGUGGCAGGGACCAUCAUCCUGGUGUUCAUGGUGUUUGGCUUCAUCAUUGGGAGAAGGCACUGUGGCUACAGCAAAGCGGAUCAAGAGGGGGAUGAGGAGCUGUAUUUCCAAUUUAAAUUUCCAGGCACCAAAACAUACAUUGACCCUGAAACCUACGAGGACCCGAACAGGGCUGUCCAUCAAUUUGCCAAGGAGCUGGAUGCGUCCUGCAUUAAGAUUGAGCGAGUUAUUGGAGCAGGAGAGUUUGGAGAGGUGUGCAGCGGCCGCUUGAAGCUGCCAGGGAAGAGGGAUGUGUCGGUGGCCAUUAAAACCCUGAAAGUAGGCUACACAGACAAACAGCGGAGGGACUUCCUGUGUGAGGCCAGCAUCAUGGGCCAGUUUGACCAUCCCAACGUCGUCCAUCUAGAAGGAGUGGUCACCAGAGGGAAACCGGUCAUGAUUGUGAUUGAAUACAUGGAGAAUGGCUCGUUAGAUGGUUUCCUCAGGAAACACGACGGUCAGUUCACAGUCAUCCAGUUGGUUGGCAUGCUGCGCGGCAUAGCGGCGGGGAUGAGGUACCUCUCAGACAUGGGAUACGUCCAUCGAGAUUUGGCUGCUCGAAACAUCCUUGUCAACAGCAACCUCGUAUGUAAAGUGUCUGACUUCGGUCUGUCAAGAGUGAUCGACGACGAUGCCGAGGCUGUCUACACGACUACGGGGAAGAUGCAGGAUAUAAUGAAUUUGAUCUUUACUCCCGCCACUGACCUGCGUUUUACUGAACAGGGCGGAAAAAUUCCAGUCCGAUGGACUGCAACGGAAGCCAUCCAGUAUCGUAAAUUCACUUCCGCAAGUGAUGUGUGGAGUUAUGGCAUUGUCAUGUGGGAAGUCAUGUCCUAUGGAGAACGGCCUUACUGGGACAUGUCCAAUCAAGAUGUUAUAAAAGCCAUAGAGGAAGGCUAUCGCCUUCCUGCCCCUAUGGACUGUCCUCCUGGCCUGCACCAGCUGAUGCUGGACUGCUGGCAGAAAGACAGAGCUGAUCGACCUAAAUUUGAUCAAAUAGUGGGCAUCCUGGAUAAGAUGAUUCGUAAUCCCAAUACCUUGAAAACCCCAGUAGGAACCUGUACGAGACCGAUCAGUCCACUUUUGGACCAGAGUACACCAGACUUCACCUCAUUCCGCUCUGUAGGGGAGUGGUUGGAAGCCAUCAAGAUGGACAGAUACAGAGACAACUUCACAGCGGCAGGCUACGGCUCGCUGGAGUCUGUGGCCAGGAUGUCUAUUGAGGAUGUGAUGAGUUUGGGGAUCACUUUAGUGGGUCAUCAAAAGAAGAUCAUGAGCAGCAUACAGACUAUGAGAGCCCAGGUGUUGCAUCUUCACGGCACGGGCAUCCAGGUGUGACAGACUUCAUGGCCCACGGUGGACUGGGCAACAGAGCUAUCUAUAGCAGCGCUAGGGCCGGAACUAGGAUCAUCAUCGAAGGUCAAAAGACUCCUGUGUCUGAAUCUUCCGGAUGUCCGGAUUGAAAUCAUUCCCCUGUUCCCUGGCAAAGAAUUGUAGUUCCUGUUUAAAAUGGGUGCUAAUGAGAGAGAGAAAGGGCCAUACUACCUGGACGAUUCAUGAAAGCUCUUCGGAACUCUCGACCACAUAUCAAAUGGAAAUGGCACGUUGGAAAGGAGUUGAAUUCUUAUUACCUUGUUGUUUUAUCUUUGUGAAUGAUUUAGUUGCACACCGUCAAUGGAUUUCACAAAAAAAAAGAAGAAAAAAAAACUAACAAUUUUACCCUUGCGGUGGUUUCAGUAUUUUGUUAUUUUCUAGUUUGUUUAUUUUGUGUCAUCUGAAGUGGUAUGAUGUGGCACGUACAGUAAUCCAUCAAUAUUUUCUUUACUAUUAUUUUUUCUAUUUGGACUUUACAACAGGGUAAACACUCCUUUUCAGAGGAGCGAGACAAGGAACGUGGUGUUUGAACUUGUUUGCUGAAGAUUUAGAGGUACUUCGACCAGUUUGUCUUGAGACACUCCUGGCUGUUUUAACUGUUUGCAGUGAGUUGUGUUUUUCUUCCUGUGUUUUUGAAGUGAAAAAUGGUCGUCCUGUGCCUCAGAUGAGUUGCAUCAGACUAAGUAUGCAGUUGGUUAUUUUAAGCUUACAGGAGUGGUUUGCUGUAGGCUUUUCCUGCAUUCUCAUGUUAUUAUAAAUCAUAACAUUUUAAAUUUGUUUGUAGGAAUUUAAAAAUAGUACCAAUGAGGCUGUUUUAGAUUGAUCAAACUUGUAUGAAAAGCAGAAAAGGGCAAUUUUAGUGUUCACUACUCACCGUUUGGACUUACGGUUUUCUCAAAUUUUCUUCCUUUUAAACUUUUGUUAUCUGCUCAUUUGAUAGGUAGCACUAUUGAAAGAUUGUAAAACUAGGGAUGUCUUGAUCCACCGCAAAAAGUUUUGCCAUCGUAGUGCCUUUUGAUACUUUUUGUUGCAACAAACAGUAUUUGUUUCGUAAUUGAGUCGUGACUAGAGUUGGGUGAAUCAAUGAAACGUGUUCUAGUUGUAAUACUGCCUUAAAAUGUGUUAGAGUAAUGUAUUGCUACUAUUUUAGGCACUUCAAUGGCAAUUCUCUCUGCGGUCUAGUCCUCAGACAGAGGUCUUGUAUUCAGGAUUGACAGGAGAUGUCCCUCUUUUAUCUGUAUUAUCCUUUCAUCCUUAACUUGAAAAGACAAAAUCAAGUGCAUGCUCACUUAAGUUGAGUGCCACAAUUGACACAGUCAUUGUAGUGUAGAUGAUUGACAAACAGAGCAAUAAUUACCCCAGGAAACAAAGGUCCUCCUCUGAGAUUUCAAGGUGCUAUGUUUUGCAGACACUCCACUGAGUUGCAGAAAGGGUUUGGAAAAUAAUAUGUUCCCCAUGGCAAAGAAACGUGCACUUUUCUACUGAAGAUUGCCUCAUUACUUGUUGCAUAUAUUGGUAUACAUGGGUAAGCGUGUCAUCAAAUUAUAGCGUAACCAUGCCUUCCGUGAAAAGAUAUACUCUGCCAUGGAAGCCUAAUUACUUAAUGGCUAUAUCAUAGGCUACACACGUAUAAAACAUGUGACUGCAACAACCAAGGAAGUGCCAUUCAAAGUGACGUAGAGGCAACAUAUAGCUCAUCAUCUUCUACAUUUUAUAACACCAAAUUUUCAGGCCUGAACCAUAUUGGACUGGGUUUCCACUGUACAUAUUGUGCAAAAUGGCAUGGCCCCGUUCAACCAUCGAUGCCAUUGACGUAUCUCGAAUCAGAAAUGUUCUGUUUCAAAAGACCAUGCUGUGAAAUCACGUAUAGUACUGACCCUGCCUUGGCCAGGAGAGAAGCCCACUUAGUCUAGUCAUUUGUCUUUGCUCAACCUUCACAGGCAUGUGUGUGAUGUACUGUAAGACGCAUAAAAGAGUUUCUUUUCCCCUUCCCUGCCCCAUCGUAUGGUAAUAAGGGCACAGAGAUAAGGAAUGGGCUCUACUAAGAUGUGCUAAAAGCCAAUCUGAAGGUGCCAUCCAGAAUCUUUUCUUUUUAAAAACAAAUGAAUGUUACUCAGUCGAAUAUGUCUUCAGCAACGUAUUCUCUGAUGGAGGGUUCACUUGUUUUUUUUUCCCAUUGAAAGUCGUUGAAAUGUAAUUGUUUUUUAACUGCACUUGUAAAAACAAAGUUGUGCUGUUCACAAUGCUAUUGAGAAGUUAUAAUCUGGUAUGAAUAUGAGAAGACAGUGUAUGUUACAGAUGAGGCUGUUUAUGCUCCUGUGGACUGAACAACGAUUUAGAUUAUCGAAGAUGAAACGUUUUCUGUCUUUCAUUUAAGCACACCUCCGACAUAUGUCCCUGAACACAGAUUGGCCGUCAGAAAAAUCUAAACUGAGCUCCGCCACUCAGUCACUGAGUUUCAGCAUUUGUAAAACCAUUAGCGACUUUGCCUUUUCUUUCCCUAGAUGUAUUUCCAUUGUGCCCAGUCCAAAGGGAUUGUCCCUUGUGGGGGUACCCGGGAAUCAGACCAUGCCUGCUCCGGCCUUGUGUCACAGACCUGCUCUUUAUCCACACAGCAGUUGGGUCCAGGCCAAGCCUUUGAAUUGAAUACUAACGUAAAGGCAUUCAGUCAGCACAAAACCCUCCAGUUCACAGGCAGCGUUCCGUCCUCUCUCUAUCCUCCCCUGCUCUGAUCUCAAACAGAAGGCCCCUGGUGGCCCUCACGUCCAGGGCAUGGAUGCCCCCCCCCCCCUCCCUCUCCUUGUCUAGGGGUCCUGUAGAGACAGCAAUUUGAGCCAAAUUGAGAUUAAGGCCUGAAUACAAUCGAUCCGUCAAAUAAAUCAUCUUUAACCUUUGCUGGAGCGGUCAUCUCGCUGUCCUGUUUGCUUCAGCUCACUUACUGUUUAGGUUUUUCUGAACAGAAACAUUCACAGAGGUUAUGUUUCAGCACUGUUUAAACAGACUUGAGUGGCUGAUUGAUUGAAUUCAGAAUUAAUAGCAAUUGUUAUUUUCAAACCUUUCUUUGACAAACAGCUGAAAAUUGUGGACACCCCUUUAUAAAGGGGGUGGAUGAUUCCAAAGAGUUCAGCAUUGUUGAUUGUGUCAGAAAGAUCAGCGAUCCGAGGGAAACUUUGUAUAUGUUCUAAUUGUAAAACUUGUACAUUUUAUUUAUAUUGUUGUUUUUUACACACACAUUACUCUGUAGUGAGCUCUGAAUACAUUAAAAUGCACUAUAUUUUUCUAUCUCACUUGCAGAUGAUUCUUGUCACCCAGAUUUCAGUUGUACAUAAUUUCUCAUUUAGGACCAAAGACAGCAAAUAGGUUUUCCAUCUAGAAUCCUUAUUUCCUUUUUUUUUUUUUUUUUCAUUUUUUCUUUAGUUUUAAUGUACAGUAAUAUGAAUUGUCAAUUUAUUAUUUAUUUUUCUGUGAUGAGAAUAUAAAAAAAUAUUCACUGGUCAUGAGUACUUUCCCCAACAGCAGAACUGAAAAAUAAUUUACUUUGAAGAUUUCUUGUUAAAUAGACAUUUCCUUUUUGCUUUGUACCCUUUGUAAUAGACUGUACAUAUAUUUUUGGAAAUAUAAUACAAUCUCUAUAGAAAUUCUUUGUCUCCAAUAUGUGUUUUUUCAACAAUGUUUAAGCUACCAUUUAUAUAGUAGACAGUACACUGUAUGUUCUACUGAUGUCCAGUACUUCUUAUAUGAAGAUAAUGGCUUAGUGUAGAUGCAUAAAAUUGGCAUAGUGAAAAGUAUAAAUAUGUGUAAAGAGCAAUUAAUGAUGUCAUUAAAAAUACAUUACCAAACUCCGACCUUCUAAAAAGGACAGAAAUUAAGCAUCAUCAGUUGGGAUCUAAACAAAAGGAGUCAUGAUGGAUUUACGAAGAUUACGUCUCAAUUUAUAAAAUAUAAAGUCUGGUGGAA